AUGAACGAUACUUUGAACGAUUUCAACAACUACAACUCCCAAUGGGUGUCCUUCCACAUCCGGGACCAUCUGAAAGAUGAGGUCUCAGUGCACCACACUGUGAUUGAAGGCGGGGAGUUCUACAACCCCGAAAAUCGCCGCAGAUCCCUGACCGAAGAAGAGGUCGACGAGAUGAAGAUCUCCGGCGGUGGAGUCGGUGAAAUCGGUGCCCAGAGCCGCCGGGGCAGUGAAGGCCGUCUUGACCUUUUUCAUGGCAAUGAUAAGAUUUGUGAGCUUCAUUGGGAGAAUCGUGGAGGAGAUUAUCUCAAUUUGGUCGAAACACUUGAUCAAAAUGAAAAGUAUAGAGUCGUGCAUGGGGGAUGGAGCCCAGAGGCUGGCCCUCUGGGACAUGUCUACGUUGACAUUACGGAGAGAGAGAAGAAGGCAAAGAACUAG